AUGCACAGCCCUUCAUUUGUUCAGCUGGCCCUUGGUGGCCUGGCUGCUUCUUCAGCUGUGGCAGCUUACCAGCCUUCUACAGGUGCUCUUUCGGCCCGCCAUGUUGCGUCGCUGCUCGCGAUUGCGGGUCCAGCCCUGGGUGCACCGACAAUGAUGGGCCUCGACAGACGAGAGCCUCACCAUGCCGGCAAGAAGACCACACAUAAGGCUAAUGCUCGUGAUGAGGAAGAGCUCGAGGCUCGUGAGGAGGACUUGGAGACCUGGGAUGAGGAGCUCGUGACUCGUGAGCCGCACCACGCUGGCAAGAAGACGAAGCACGCCAAUGCCACUGAGAAAGCUGAGAAAGCUGACAAGGCCGACAAGAACGCCCGUGAGGUGAUCCUGGAGGAUCGCGAGCCUCACCAUGCCGGCAAGAAAACGACGCACAAGGCUAAUGCUCGUGAUGAGGAGGAGCUUGAGGCUCUCGAAGAGGACUUGGAGACUGGGGAUGAGGAGCUCGAGGCCCGAGAGGAGCAGCUGGAGACUCGUGAGCCGCACCACGCUGGCAAGAAGACGAAGCACGCCAAUGCCACUGAGAAGGCCGACAAGGCCGACAAGGCCGACAAGAACGCCCGUGAGGUGAUCCUAGAGGAUCGCGAGCCUCAUCAUGCCGGCAAGAAGACGACGCACAAGGCCAAUGCUCGUGAUUUCGAGGUUGAGGCUCGCGACCCCCACCACGCUGGCAAGAAGACGACGCACAAGGCCAAUGCCCGUGACGUUGAGAUCGAGGCCCGUGAGCCUCACCACGCCGGCAAGAAGACGACGCACAAAGCCAACGCUCGCGAUGAGGAAUCGCUGGAGACCCGUGAGCCCCACCACGCCGGAAAGAAGACGACGCACAAGGCCAAUGCCCGUGAUGUUGAGGUCGAGGCCCGUGAGCCGCACCACGCAGGCAAGAAGACAAAGGGCAAGAACGCUUAA